GCGACACCCAUCGGCACCAUGGCCACAGCUUUGCAACAGCAGUUGGCGCAAAUCGCCAAAAAGUCGACCGACCAACUCGAUCUCAAAGCCCAGCGCGCACAGCACAGCAAAUCGUUGCUCUUCGAUCCGCGCGUCGCCGCCAACCAGACUUUCGAGACCAUCUACCAAAUAUGUGCCGAGGCCUUCCAGGAACUGUGCUUGCUCGAUGCCCGCUUUGCGCCCUUUGCCGCCAACCUGUUCAGCGAACAGUCAAAGUCGGAAGAGCGCAUCAACCUGACAAAGAAGGAGAAUGAGGACCUGGACCAGAUCAUCGACAGUUUCCUGGGCCUGGUCAGCUCCAGGCUGCUGCUACGGCCAGGUCUCAAAGCCGUCGAGUGGCUUGUUCGUCGUUUCCGGUAUGUGUCUAGCAUGGCCCCAACACCGAGUAGCACAGUGCUAAUCUGCCUACAGUNNGUGCACGAAUACAACACUGAAUCCCUCGUCCUCACCUUCCUCCCAUACCACGCGAACCCCGUCUUCCCCACCAUGCUAUCCAUUCUUCCCAAGACGCUUCCACUGACCUUGAAGUUCCUGCAACCGUACAUUUCCAGCUUGUCGUGUCCUCCUAGUCAAGCACUGAUAUACGCCGCCGUGAAUAACGCCUCGUUUUUCACUGCCUUCAACACCUAUAUUAUCCGCACCUCCAACUUGGGCCACCACUCUGUCAUGUUGCUACAAUUCUGGGCCGGUGUCAUGACCCCGACCAUCAAUGGUAUGCUCGACGCUGCCAUGUCGGGUCGCGCUGAUGUCCGCAGUCAGCGUCAGGAGGACCUGUUGCUUCGUAUUGUUCCCGUACUUCAGCAGACACUACGCAUCAAGAACGUUCCUGAGCUUUUCCUGGGAUCGUGCAUGAUCAUCUGCGUUCUCGCUUCCAAGACACAACUCGAUGAUAAAGUCCUGGAUAGUCUCAUGGACGCGGUAUCUCGAGGCUGGACUCCGCAGACCAUCGAACAAGGAUUGUCUACUGUUGCCAUCAUCGCUGAAGAGCGCCAAUCAUUGAAACUCACGCGUCCGGUUACAAAAGCUCUGAUGAAAGUCCCUGCUCUAGAAGCUCGUAUAAUUGAUCUGCAGACAAAACAACACACUGGAAGACUUCUUACCGGUCUUGCCAUGACUUCGCUCGACGAGACUUCGAGCGCCGAGGCGUUUGAUCUAAUCGAGAAUGCUGUCACUUCGCACAUUCCUACUCUACCUCAAAAAACUGCCAUUAUUCAGCUCUUGCUUUCUGCUGUUUCAGACCUCCAGGCAUCAUCAGAAGCUGCUGCUUCUCAGGAGCGACUUGCCCGCAUCUUCUCUACUCUCUGUCAGUCCUCUUCCACACUGCCGCUAGUGCAAGCUGAGGCUGCUCGGCUUAACCUAAGUCUUGAGUCUCUUGAGGUUCAGCUACAGAUCUCACUAGCUCCGGCUGAGAUGUUGGCAUUACCACCAGUCGAUGCUGAUAUCGAGAUGAUCGAUGGACCCGCCAUUGCUCAGGCCGACCAAUUAGACGAAGCAUUUUCUUCGCUGCCCCAGAAUCUGUCAAAGGACUACUCCUUCGUUGCAGACGCCGACGUUUCUCCUUUCGAUGCUUUUGCUCGUGCUUUCCUGAUUCUGCUCCAGCGGAACAAAAAUCUGGACCAACUCCUCGGCAAGCCAGUACUUCGUAGUGCAGACGCUCUAUCUUCUCCAACAUACUUGACUUUCUUGGCGAGACUCUGGACAAGCGGUUAUCCUAUUGUUGCUCGUGUCUCUGCCCUUCGUUCGGCCACUACACUUCUCCAAGCACAUUCUACCGCAGCCAUCGAUAUGCAGGCGUUAACGCCAUUCGUACUUGUAGCUCUGGCUGAUGCUUCGGAAGCUGUGCGCAAGGCAGCUGCUGGUUUGCUGAUUGCCAUCACGGCUCUCUAUCAUCCCGACGCAGCGAAGGGCAAGGUGAAUGAAUCCAUAAAGUCAUGGGCAGCUCAAAGCAUAUAUGCAGCCGCUUCUCAAAAGUCAUCUCUGACUGGUCCCAAUGCUUACAAGGUUCUGGCCGAUGCACUUGUACCUAGUCUUGAAGAGUGUGUUCUCGACCCUAGCCAGGUUGCACGUGUGCUUGCUAGCGCUCUCAAUGGUCCGACUCAAACACAGCCUGGUCAUCCAUCUGCUUCUUCAGGAGAGUUGAAGUCUUCCUUGAGGACAUCAUUUGCAUCAUGGCUUUGUGAGCACGCCGCUGCAGUGUCCUUGGCUUCCGUCAAACUUCGACUUCUUUCUUUCCUCAGUCUUGUUGGUAAGGCUGCUUCUACAGGCCGCGUGCAAACCCUUGUCCCAUCACUUCAAAGCUGGAUCCAAACCGACUUGCAAACACGAUCUGCUUCAUGCGCUUCUGCCCACUUUGACGUAGCAAGUGUGGAUAAGGCUUAUGUUGAUUGUCUAACGAGUCGAACUUCAGAAGAGUUGACUUGCCUAAGGACACUUGCAAAUGGAGAAUUGGGACAAAGCGCAUCCUUGUCCACACUAGCGAUCCAGAGAUUCAGAGCUUUGUGGCCUAGCAUGAAGCCAAUUGCACAGACGUCCGUUGCUGGAUUCCUUCUCGACCUCGCUUUGGACGACCAAUCAGACGAAAUCUCUGAAGCUAGACAAUCUGAAGCCACCGAUCUUCUUCGCCAAGUUACAAUGCCUACAGAAGUUCUCUUGUCCUUCUUGGAGUCAGUGCCUAGCAUUGCACAGAUGGAAGAAAAGCCUCCCGCUUCCAAGCGCAGAAGAACGAGCAGAUCUGAGUUGGCGAAGUCACAAAGCAUAAACGUUACAGAUCUACACAAUGUCAUUCGUAGACUGACUCUUGUGCUGGAAUUGAUCGAGGGUUCUCGUCCUGAAAGACAUCCUGAGUUGCUUAAGAGCCUCUUCCACGUCCUGAGCGAGCUCCAGCACUACAGGACGCAACUUGGCUCAAACCUAGUCUAUCUGCAGCAACUGGUCAUUGGCUGUCUCUUCUCAAUUGUCGACUCGCUCAAACAAAACCCUGCCGUCAAGGUUGACCGCUCCGUAUUGAGAGCAGACCUUAUUGUCGAGUGCGUUCGCACUAGUACCAAUGCUCAGAUUCACAACGCUGCUCUGUUGCUCAUUUCAAGUCUGGCAAGCUGGGCUCCUGACUUGGUGUUGCACAGUGUGAUGCCGAUCUUUACAUUCAUGAGCAACACAUUGUUGCGUCAAAGUGACGACUACUCAGCUCAUGUCAUCGAUCAGACUGUGUCUCGAGUUGUUCNNCCCCCUCUUGUUGCUUCACUGCGCAAGAAGAAUCAAGACCUUGUUACAGGAGCCGCUGAACUAUUACUCAGCUUUACCGCUGCUUUCGAGCACAUCCCCCUCCAUCGUCGCUUACGUCUGUUCAGUCAUCUUGUCAAUGCUCUGGGUCCUCAAGACUUCCUACCUGCUAUCACUGCCAUGCUCUUCGACAAGUAUCCGACAGACAAGCGGGUACCAACUUUCUCUGCCGAGCUCAUGGGAUCAUUCUCUCCCGAGGUUCAGCUUGUCGCAGCAUCUCAAUACAUUGAUCUGGUCACCAAUGCUCUGCAGCCCAAAUCAGUCGUGUCUGAAGCAAUUUUCGGAUUCAAUGACAAGACGCCAGAGCAGAUUGAGCAAUCAGUCGCGCAUCUUCUGCGUUCGUUGGGACUCCUUUUACAACAACGCUCGCUCCAUGUACAAAUUCUCAAGGCUCCUGAUAAGGACGAGCGUGCACAUGGUGGACUUCAGUCUGCUGCCGCCGACAUAUUGCAGAAGAUCAUGCAAUUCUCUUCUUCAAAAUCCAUUCAAGACAAGCCUGACUUGCAGUCUGCUUCGAACGAUGUACUGACAGCAGCCUUGAGCCUUCUGCCAACACCUUAUUUCGUUCGUACCGCUGAGGAACUUCUGCAAAGACCUGAACAAGACCUUCGACUCAUGGUCCUGCGUUCGCUCGAGCAGCGCGGUCGUGAGGCCAAACUCGCCGACACCACAGCUGCAAGUGCCAUGCUUUCUGUGCUGCCAAGUGUGACUGGUGUCAUUGGUCAGGAAGGCUCUGUUGAAUUGGUGCACAGUGCUGUCACAUGCAUUGAUGUCAUCUCAGAGAAGUUUGGCAAGAAGGACACCGACAAGGUCAUGUCGGCUGCUCGUGUGGUGGCCUCCAAACACGCCUUUGGCAGUCAGAAUGACGAAAUUCGCAUUAUUUCUUUGCUCUGUCUUGCCACCAUGGUUGAGGUUUUGAAGGAUGACCUGGUCGACAUUCUGCCUCAGAUUCUCACCACUUCGUAUGCCUACUUUGACCAUGCCACCAAGACAGAGUCCGGCAAUGCUCGCCUGCACAACGCUGUCUACUCUUUCUUGACAAAUGUCAUCGAGUACAUCUCCUGGAUGUUCUCUGCUGAUAUUCUUGAUAAAGCUUUGUUGCUCACACAACAAUCGGCUUGUAGCGGAGCCACAGACAUCCGAACCUCGAGCAGUCGUCCACAGUUCACUACCCUGCUCUCCCAAAAGCUCGACGCCAGAACUAUAUUGGCGGCCCUGGAGCGCACGUUUGACAAUGCUGUCACUCUUGGCUACCCAGCUUGCCAGGAGGUUCUUACAACUCUUCACAUAGUGAUCAAAACGCACCCCAAAUCGGCUCUGAUCAAGAAUUCUCCAAUCUUGUUCUCUGUCCUCAACAAAUCUUUCGAUCUUCGUCGUUUGCUUUCUCAACAACUGACAUCACCUGACAGUCAACAGCUUGCUGCCAUGGAAGCACAGAGGGAUAGCCUGUCCUUGGAUGCUAUUAUGAGGCUCAACGACACGACAUUCAGGCCGUUCUUCACUCGUCUUGUGUCUUGGGCAGGCGAGGGUCUACCGAAGAAGGAACUGGCCGGUCGCACACUUCGUCUGAUCAGUGUUUACGGAUUCCUAGCUAGAUUCUUCGAGACAUUGAAGGCCGCGUCUAUCCUUCAAAGCGUCAAACCGGAGGGAGAGUCCGAACAGCUCCUCUUGAAGGCUCUACUUCAGACACUGAUUGCCAGCUUCAACAACGAUCAAGACGAUUUCUGGCAAAACCCGUCGCACUUUGGCGCGAUUAUGCAGCCUUUGUUAGAUCAAGUGACUGUUGCCAACGAGCCAGAGAUCAGAGACUCGCUUGACAUUGUCUCUGCCGUCACUGGGCUGGCUGGGGCAGCAGCGUCGCCUGAACAUCACAAGACUCUCAACUCAGCCAUUCUUAAACUCAUGAGACACGACAACGAACUGACAAGAUUGUCAGCCGUCAAGUGCGAGCAGUCUUUGACCGAGAAGCUUGGAGAAGACUGGCUUGCUCUCCUUCCUGAAAUGCUACCAUUCAUCAGCGAACUGCAGGAAGACGAUGACGAAGACGUUGAAAGGGAGACGACAGCCUGGAUCCGACAAAUGGAAGGCACUCUCGGUGAGAGUCUUGAGGGUAUGUUGCAAUAA